CGCGCUCACGAUCCGUUUAGAUGCACGCUCGUUCCGCACUCGCAUCCACAGGGGGGCCUUGACCGACUCCUCUUCGACUGUCAAGAAAGCGCAUCGUAUAACGGCAGCCUUUGUAUCCGAUAAACCUGUCUUUGAUGAGAAGGCAAACAGGAGGCCCUCUUCCUCCCAAAGACUGCACGAAGGCGACUGAUUUGUGGACAGAAACGAUGGCGGAAUCGGGCAGCAGCGCGGCGGCGGCCGGAGCCGCGGGCUCGAAUAGCAGCACCGCCGGGGCUGGAGGAGCCGUCGCGCCCGGGGGAGCCAAUGGAGCGGCGGGAUCCAAGCCUGGCCUGGAGUCGGUGAAGGGACAAAAUUUUGACGUUGGCCCCCGAUACACCGAUCUCCAGUACAUCGGGGAGGGGGCCUAUGGGAUGGUCUGCUCAGCUUUUGAUCAUGUGAAUAAGAUCCGAGUGGCCAUUAAGAAGAUCAGUCCAUUUGAACACCAGACCUACUGCCAGCGCACCCUGAGGGAGAUCAAAAUCCUCCUGCGGUUCCGUCAUGAGAACAUCAUCGGCAUCAAUGACAUCCUGAGAGCUCGUCGCAUCGAAUAUAUGAGGGAUGUCUAUAUCGUACAGGACCUGAUGGAGACCGACCUUUACAAAUUGCUGAAAACACAGCAACUCAGCAAUGACCAUAUCUGCUACUUUCUGUACCAGAUCCUGCGAGGGCUGAAAUACAUUCACUCUGCCAAUGUGCUGCACAGAGACUUGAAGCCUUCGAACCUUCUCAUCAACACCACCUGUGACCUCAAGAUCUGUGACUUUGGGCUGGCACGGAUAGCCGACCCAGAACAUGACCACACCGGAUUCCUCACAGAGUAUGUGGCUACUCGCUGGUACCGUGCUCCUGAGAUCAUGCUCAACUCCAAGGGCUACACCAAGUCCAUUGAUAUUUGGUCUGUGGGUUGCAUCCUGGCUGAGAUGUUGUCUAACAGACCCAUCUUCCCUGGGAAGCAUUAUCUGGACCAGCUCAACCACAUAUUGGGUAAGAACCAGUGCUUAAUGCUCAAUGGAAUGUCCCCAUUUUCAGACUUCUCUUUCAUUCUCAAAUCUGCGCUACCUGAAGCAUAAUAUUGAAAGAAAAAACACAGAGUCCUGUAUUACGACACUGUGACACACUGUAUGAGGGUGAGGGCAGGAAACACUCAAGAGAAUAGACUAUCAGCUGAACAGUGUGCAGUGUCAUUAUCAGCCACUUCCCUGGUUUACAGGAACA